AAUAUCCUCUCCGCCUAAAACCCUUCAACUUUGGUCUCUGAAUCUCCCUUCAUUCUUUGGUUCCAGACCCAAAAACCCUUCUCUGUUUUUGUUUGCUUUUGUCUUGUUUUGUUUUGUUUGUUUUGUCUCAAAUGGAGAUAGAGCAGAAACAAGCCCAGCUGAUCGAUCACUUCGUGAAGCAAGCCUCGACUCUCCAAGGCUCUUCUCUCGCCAGCCUCAUCGUCCAAGUCACCUCUCACAAUUCCCUCUUUGCUUUCUCUGAGAUUCUCGCCGUCCCCAAUGUCCUCCAGCUUCAAGGAACCGAAUAUGCUAUAUACAUUGAUAUGCUUCGCCUCUUUGCUCAUGGUACAUGGAGCGAUUAUAAAAGUAAUGCUAGUCUUCUUCCACCACUAGUCCCAGAUCAAAUUAUCAAGCUGAAGCAACUUACUGUGCUGUCUCUAGCUGAGACGAACAAGGUUCUGUCCUAUGAUCAACUCCUUGAGCAACUUGAUCUUUCAAAUGUACGCGAACUUGAAGACUUUCUUAUCAAUGAAUGCAUGUAUAUGGGCAUAAUCAGAGGGAAGUUGGAUCAUUUGAAAAGAUCUGUUGAGGUUCAAUUUGCAGCUGGGAGGGAUCUGAAACCUGGCCAGCUUGGGAAUAUAAUAGACACCUUAACGGAUUGGUUAGCCACUACCGACAAUGUACUCGUCACAAUUGAGGAGAAGAUCAAAUGGGCAGAUAAGAAGUGUGAGUUGAAUGCAACACACCAAAAGGAGGUCAAGGACAGAGUGGAAGAAGUGAAGAAGUCUCUUGGUCACGACAGGCCGCCCCGUGGAUACCGUGUUGAAGAUUUUAUGCUUGGUGAACAUGGUGGGUUAAUGGACUAUGAAGAAGAUCGCACGCGAAUGAAGAGUUUGUUCUUGCAGAAGAAGGUCGCCAAGGUUUUAAAAGUGCAAGAAAUCCGUUGAUAUCAAUCGGAUGGCGGUCAGAUUUUCUUUUCCAUGGCAUAUUGCAAUCAUAUGCAAAAACUGUCGAAUGAUCUUUUAAUCUUUCAAUUGAACCGUUGGAGAAGAGGUGAGGGUUCCUUUUAGCACAAUG